CAGCUUGGAUCUGUUUUGUAACGAAUAUCCCCUGCUCAAUUUCAAGUUGCUCUCCUGUCUUCGCCGCCAUGCCCAUCCACAAGAAGUUUCCCGAUGACAUCAAGGAGGUUGAUGUGAUAGUGGCUGGAGGCGGUACUGCUGGCUGUAUUGUAGCCUCGAGAUUGUCUGAUGCAGACCCGAAUCUGUCCAUUCUCGUCAUUGAAGGUGGUCAAAACAAUCACAACCUUCCAGAGAUCGUCAACCCUCUCCUCUACCUGAGCAAUAUCGCCCCAACUAGCAAGAAUGCCCUCUUUUGGAAGGCUAGAAAGUCCAACUAUCUCGCGGACCGUGAGGUCAUUGUGCCAACAGGCGGGGUCCUCGGUGGUGGCUCGUCGAUCAACUUCAUGAUGUACACACGAGCCCAAAGAUCUGACUUUGACUCGUGGAAGACAAAAGGCUGGUCCGCGGAUGAGCUGUUACCCUUUAUGAAAAAACUUGAGACGUAUCACGGACGCGGGCAGAAGGAAGUUCACGGAUACAAUGGCCCCAUCCAUGUGUCCAGCAGCACAUACCGUGGCAGUGUUGCCGAGGACGAGAUUGUCAAAGCUGCCAGCGAACUCGGCUGGCCAGAAAUCCACGACCUCCAAGAUCUGGACAGCAACAAUGGCACCCAACGCUGGCUACGCUACGUCAGCCCAGAUGGCAAGCGACAGGACGUGGCUCACCGAUACCUUCACCCUCGGCUGCUGGAUGGGAAGCACCCGAACCUGCACGUCGUCUGCGAAUCGCAGGUUGCUCGUGUACUUUUCGACGACAACAAGAAAGCCGUGGGGGUCGAGUACCGCGCCAACCCCGCGUUCCAGCUGCCUAUUGGCGGCGUCGUCGACCCUGUACGGACCGUCAAGGCUCGGAAGAUGGUCAUUGUCUCGUGCGGCGCCUGCGGAACUCCCGGCGUGCUGGAGCGUUCCGGCGUCGGAAACCCUGAAAUCCUCAAUGCCGCAAAGGUCCCUGUUGUUGCCGAUGUUCCUGGCGUUGGCAACGACUAUCAAGACCACCACCUGAUAUUCUACCCGUACAAGGUCGGUUUGGCUACGGACGAGACGCUUGAUGGUAUCAUAACCAGCCGCAUGGAUGCAGUGAAACUGGUCCAAGACAAGCACCGCCUCGCAGGCUGGAACGGCAUCGACUUCUCGUCGAAGAUCCGCCCCAACGAUGAAGGUGAGAUCGACGCUCUGGGCCCCGAGUUCCGAGCCGCAUGGGACAAAGACUUUAAGAAUGAGCCAAAUCGUCCGCUGAUGUUGUUGGGGAUGGUGAACGCUUUCCUCGGCGAAGGCGCCCCAGAGGCGCAAUACGUCUCCAUGGCUCCGUACACCGCAUACCCCUACUCCCGCGGCUCAAUCCACAUCACCGGCCCUUCUCUCGACGAUCCUUACGACUUUGAUGCGGGCUACUUCUCCGACCCGCACUCCAUCGACAUCAAGAAGCAGCUCUGGGCAUACAAGAAGCAGAGGCAGAUGAUCCGCCGCACGGCCAUGUUCCGCGGCGAGCUCGCGGCCGGGCACCCGCGAUUCCCCGCGGGCUCCAAGGCCGCCUGCAUCGAAGACCACCAGGGCGGGCCACUGCUCGACGACAUCCCGUAUAGCGCCGAGGAUGACGAGGCCAUCGUGCAGUGGUGCCGCGAGGGCAUCAACACCACCUGGCACUCCCUGGGCACGUGCAAGAUGGCGCCCCGCGAGGACAAAGGCGUCGUUGAUGCGAACUUGAACGUGUACGGCACAACGGGCUUGAAGCUGGCGGACCUGAGCAUCCCGCCGGAGAACGUGGGCGCCAAUACCAACAAUACUGCGCUGGUCAUUGGCGAGAAGGCGGCGGACAUCUUUAUCAGGGAGCUGGGGCUGGCUGCGGCUUGAUCUGAAUACCUUUUUGUAUAAAUGUUUGUUUCACAUGGUCUUUUUAGUAGAUGUGCUACCGUUAGAAAGAGGAGUGACGGACACUUCUGCGAAUUCUUUGUUCCUCUAACGCAAAUCAGAGUUCAUGUCGUCGUUGCUCUGUAUCAUGCGCUCGCUGAAACUACUUCUUCCGCCUUUUUCAUCUAAUCAUGUUUGGGUAGGGAACUUAGGUAAAUGUACGUGGCGUUUCAGUCGACAAGGAAAUAUUAGGCAGGAUACGACUCUUUAACGAAAAAC